AUGACUGGGUAUUACAAUGACGUAGAAAGAACAAAGGAAACGAUCGACUCGACUAGAUGGCUUAACACGGGGUAAAUAAUAAGUGACGAUAACUUUAAAUAAUAUUAUUGUGUUCGUUGAUUUCUUGCUUUAGAGACCAGUUCGUGUUACACAAAAAUGGUUACGGCAAUAUCAUUGGCAGAACAAAAGAUAUGAUCAUUCGAGGUGGGGAAAAUAUAUUUCCUGUUGAUAUCGAACACUUUUUGGAGUCACAUCCAUUAAUCACGCAAGUUCAAGUGACUAUAUAAAUAAUAAAUUAAUAAAUUAAGUUGAAACUAUCAAAGAAAAAAAGGUUAAUUUACAAAAUUAAAUGAAAUUACCAAUGGGAAUAAUUAAAAGAACGGAUUGGACCACUCGGCCAAAUAAUAAUAUUUAAUUAGUAAAACCAAAUAACCCAAUAACGGAGACCGUUAUUUAGUCAAUUUUCCCGGUUUCCCCAAUUAUCAAGAAAAAUACAAAAUAAAUCAAAAACUAAGAUCUUAGUGCACCAAUCAGACAAAAUUUCCUUUUUUAAAAAAAUACUAUUAACUUAAUAAACGGAGCAAGGGUUCUGGUAGAAAAGUUGUUCACAAACAGAAAAAAACACAAUAUAGUUAAACCAAUACAUUCCUCUCUUCGCUCAGAAUCCAAAAUACAUAAUGUAAUAUCAUUAGUAUCAUUGUAUCUACCAUGUUCCCAGUGGCACAUUUAGAAUAUAUGAUCCCCGGGGCGAAAUAAUUUGAUUGCCAUCCCCUCCCCUCCCAUUUAUUUUCACCAACUAAUAUUUCCUAUGUUUUACUAAUAUCACAUUCAUCUCAAAAUGAGGGGACUAUAAAAUAACCGAAAAUAAAGCAGCCGAACCGUAUUUCAGCCAAAAAUAUUUCAACCGACCGUAUUUAAGCAGAACAUGAAAUUAUCCGAAAACAUUUAAGUAGAAAAAUAUUUCCGCCGACAAUAUUUCGGCUGAAAAUAAAACAACCGAACGUAUUUCAGCCGAAUCGCCCGAAACUCUACUAUAAUUAUCAACUUGUACAUAUCUUGUCAAUGUUUUUAAUCAGAAAAUGUUGAAUUAGAAAACGAGGAAGUUUGAACGUCGAUAUCUUGAACAAAAAUUGAAAAAUUUGAAAGAACGUGUGCAAAUGUUGAGUUAUAAUUCCAAAUUGAACAAAUAAAAAAUAAUAAAACGACAACAUUUUGAAUAUUUUCUAUGAUAAAUAUAUAUUUUAUUUAAUGAAGUUUAAAAUUAUUACCUAUUAUUUUUAAUCUCAACCAUUUGUAAGCAUUUAAAUUAUGUAAGUGUAGAUAAACAUCCACUUACACAUGUUUAAAUUAUUAUCAAAACUAAACCAAUAUAUUUGCAAAUUAACUUCAUUGAUUAAAAAUUCAAAAAACAUGGAAGUGGGUUACUUGAGGCAUCUGUUUAACUUGUUUUUCAUUUUAAAAUAAUAUGUACGGAAUUUCUCUCCUUUUUAUGUAUUUCUUAUCACGCGUUAUCGUUUUUAAGAAGAUCUGGUCUUGUCUUUUUAUUACAGUCGGCUGUAAUAUUUUCGGAUAAAAUACCAUCAGCUAUCAAAUAUUUUUCGACUGAAAUACUGUUCGGCUGAUUUAUUUUCAAUUGUUUUAAACUCCUCAAAACGAUUUUAUACGAUAAUCUGUUAUUACUUAUCACCUACUUGGGGGUACUAAGUGUAGACAACACAGUGUAAAAAAUAGUCUAUACAAAAGGUGACCGUACUCGACAUAAAAUCACUCACGGUCCUUUUAUACAACAGCGCUUACAAUAAUUAUCUAUUUUUUAGAAAAAUAAAUUCUUUAUUUAAAUAGACUGAUUAAUAAACGUAUUAUUCAAUGAUGCUAUUGAAUUUUUUAUAUUUUGUAAUAAAAAAAAAAUUAAUACACUCAAUAAAACCACCGCCCCUAAAACUGUUAAAGUUUUGCCGCUGGAGGCAUUUUCCCCCACCCUCUAAAUGCGCCACUGCAUAUUCCCAAUAUACGAAUCGUUUUCAUUCAUCUAUUCGUUAGCUGUAGACUAUAAGCCAUCGUAAAAGUUAACAAAACUAAUGAACUUCAAACCUUACUGACUAAUUGCAGGUGCAUAUUAUGCUAUUAUUCAUUCUGUUUGUGCAUUUUUCAGGUAUACGGUGUGCCCAGUGAAAGGAUGGGCGAAGAAGUGUGUGCCAGUGUAAUUUUAAAAUAGGGUUCGACGCUCACGGAAGAAGACAUAAAAUCGUACUGCAAAGGGAAGGUUGGUUUAUUUCGAGGAAUUUAUACGAUUAUGAAUUUAUUCAUACUAUUAUUAUAUUCUUUAAUAACUGUAUAUUUUUACUAAUUUUUAGAUCUCCCAUUUCAAGAUCCCCAAGUAUAUCUUUAUCGAAAAAGGCGAAUUCCCCAAAACAAGAUCCGGCGAAGUGAAAAAGUUUUUAUUGAAAGAGAUCGCUUUACGACAGAUUAGAACGAACAUUAUUGACACUCUCGGUUCUGUACAUUUACAGUGUUAUUUCUACAUUUUUAAAACGAAACAAAAAUGCUUAAAUCAGGGACGUAUACAGACGUAUAAUAGCGGUCCAAUCAUCAACAACGCAACAAUACUAGUUCUAUAGAUCAAAAUGUUUAUUUUUUGUUUACUUAUGAACCUUCUCCAAUGUUUUUUUUUUUUUUUUGUAUACGUGUCUGUCUUAAAGGUGAUAAGUUAAGUAGGUACCUACGUAUUUGAGCAAAUGUAUACUAAUAAUUAUUUAUAAAUAUAAUAAUAUAUAGUAUAUAUAUACCAUAUAUGUAAUUUUUUAGUUUAUAAUACGCACUAAAAAUGCAUCGUUUUUUACUUUUACCAACUCAUUGUGUAUUAAAUAAUAUUAUCCUAUGAUUAUUUUACAUUAACAUAGUUUUAUGAAUUGUAUUAGACAAUUUGGUAAACUAAAACUAAGCCAGAUAGACUUAUUCUGACUUUAAUAAAAAAAUACUUUUCCAUCAAUAACUACAAAUAAUAAUAAUAAACAAAAAUAUCUAUAUUUGACAACAUUUUGGAUUACCCAAUUCCAAAAACGCUAUGUUUCAAGGUUUAUGUACAAAAACUAUAAAAGUAAGUAUGAUAGUUAAGUUUAUACGCUCUACUAAUUGAUUAAAAAACACAUUUUGGAAAAAAAAUACUUGAAAAUGUUAAUUUCUUACUAAGAAACACGCAAAACGGAAAACCCGAACUUUAUAAAGUUUUCCCCCAUAACUUCCAAAUGAAGUUCAUCAAAUUUUUAAUUUACAUUCUCAAUGUACACGCAAAAAUACAAAUUUAAAAAAAAAACCCAAAAAAUCACAUGGAAGCUCAACCAGAAUCGUUCAGCCGUAAAUAUACUAAUUAAGGCUAGGGUAGAAGUCAAGGAUGGUUUAAAAAAAAUAUUGGUUUAAGUCUGGCUUUUGGGUCAGCGAAAAAAGUCUAUACCACAUUGUAUUUGACGAAUAACCAAAUGUAACCGGAUUACUGCAUUUUAUAAACAAGUCGUUUCGGUUAUACACAUCAUAGUUAAUAUGUCUAUGAUUUUGGUUAUAACUUUUAUUUAUUUAUCUAAUAAUUAUACUCCCAGGAGAAUAUUGGUAAAAAAUACACUAGUGUAGAUAUAAAGUAGAUAUAAAGGUUAAUAAUAGGUUGCAAAAGUAAGUGAACAGAAAGAGGUAAAGUGGUAGCUCUAAGUUUGGUUGAACAGGCGUAACAUUUUGUGAAGAGGUUGGUUCUAACCAUACGAGGUGAGAUGGGUGGGAACAAAAAAAUGAGAAUGGUGUCUCGUAGAAUGGAAGGGAACACAAAGUGAAACAGUGGCUAGUAAAUCGGGAGAGUCAAUAGGACAGUUGAGAAAUGAGGUGAUAAACAUUAAAUCAGCGGCGUCACGGCAUGAGGACAGAGUAAGGAUAUUGAGAGUAGAGCGGAUAAGGGUGGUCAUUGGAAGCGUGUUCAAUUUUUAAUGGAAAGACAAUCACAGAUAGGAAACGAUUUUGAACUCGUUCAAGACACAGUUGAUCACAGGAAAGGAAAGAAUACCGAAUGACCGACCCAUACUCGAGGAUAGAACGCACGAGACUGAAGUAGAGAGUUCGGAGACAAGUGGCGGAGGUAAAGAAGGUUGUGUUGCGCUUAAUGAAGUCGAGAAUCUUGAGGCUCCUCCCAACAGUAACAUUGAUGUGGUGUUUGAAAGAUAG